AGUUAAUCUGAUGUUUGUUUUUAUAAUUUCUUGACUUUUUGAUGAAUGAAUUGGGAUGAAUUUACUCUGCGGAAGUACAUUAUCGUAAUUUCCUGUAGAUUCUGUGGAUGCCCUGAGUUACAUUUUCAGUCGCUCCUUGUGAAGCGAAAGGAACGAUGUCAGGUGCUGGGGGAGGAAAACGUCCCUCAGGAGGGGACAGCCCCCCUGGCCCACCUGAGAAGAAAAGCAAAAAAGAGGAGAAAACCACCACCACUCUCAUUGAGCCCAUACGUAUAGCUGGAGUCUCCUCUACGGAGGAAAUGGACAUGAAGGUCCUCCAGUUUAAGAAUAAGAAGCUGUGUGAGCGCUUGGAGCAGAGACAGACGAUGGAGGAUGAGUUACGAGAGAAAAUUGAGAAACUGGAGAAGAGACAAGCCACAGAUGACACCACCCUGCUGAUUGUCAACCGCUACUGGUCGCAGUUGGAAGAGAAUGUGCACGUUCUCCGCAGACGUAUUGAGCCAGAAGCUCCGGUGACAUCUACCCCUGCCCCACCCUCAGCCCCUCUCCCUGACCCCACACCAAUGGAAGAAGAUGGUGUCAAUCAGGCCUCACCAACUUCUGCCGUGCCUCCACCUCCACUCCCAGAGGCCCAGAAUGAGGGGGAGCAGGCAGAACAGCAGGAGGAGCAGCAGGAAGAGCGUCAGGAGGAACAGCAGCAGCCCUCUCCUCCCACUGCGUCAGAAGAGUUGUUGACACCCAAAGAGCCACCACAGGACUCAACAACAGAUGCAUCACCGCCCCCUCCUCCCCUAAGUGAGAAUGCCAAGGGUUUCCUAGCCACGCUGGAGCACAGCAGCGAGGAGGAACUAACCCUGCACCUCCAGGACCGCAUGCAGUUCAGCAAGGAAGCCAUCGCCUGCUUGGUCUGCGUCUUUGACAGGCUGCAUAGCCGCAUUGACAACAUGUGCAAGCAGGUCCAGGCUGCAGCAUGUGAGGACGAUAGCCAGUCUGACAUUAUCAAUGUGAACCACACUCUGCUGGAGGAGAACAGUCGACUGAGAGACAUGGCCACUCUCCUGCAAGGCCGACACCACAAGAUGUCCAUGGAGUACAAUGAGUUAGUGGACAAGGUGACCAGCUCUGAGACCAAGGUGUCUGAGAUGGAGACAACGGUGGAGGACCUGCAGUGGGACAUUGAAAAACUCCGCAAUAGAGAACAAAAGCUCAACAAACACCUGGCAGAGGCCAUGGAGCAGCUAAAGUCUGGAUACAGCAGCACCGGCAGCUCAGGCGGACUACCUGGAGGCCAGAUUACACUGAACAUUCAGAAGUUUGAGAGUCUCAAUGCAGAGUUGGAGCACAAUCAGGAGUUGGCUAAUAGCCGUAUGGCAGAGUUGGAGAAAUUGCAGGUGGAGCUCCAGGAGGCUGUGAGGGAGAGUGAGAAGCUCAAGAUGGACUUGCGGAAUAUUCCAGAAGAGGUUGUGAAGGAGACUCUAGAAUACAAAUGUCUGCAGUCCCAAUUCUCCCUGCUGUACAAUGAGUCUCUUGGUGUGAAAACCCAGCUGGAUGAGGCACGGGCCCUCCUGCUCACUGCCAAGAACGCCCAUCUCCGACAGAUUGAGCACAUGGAGAGUGAUGAGCUGUCCCUUCAGAAGAAGCUGCGGACUGAGGUCAUCCAGCUGGAGGAUACCCUGGCCCAGGUGCGCAAAGAGUAUGAGAUGCUGCGCAUCGAGUUUGAGCAGAACUUGGCGGCCAACGAGCAAGCAGGACCAAUCAACAGGGAGAUGCGACACUUAAUCAGCAGCCUUCAGAACCACAACCUGCAGUUGAAAGGUGAUGUGCAGCGCUAUAAGAGGAAGUUACGGGAAACACAGAUGGAGAUCAAUAAGUUGCGUUGUCAGAGUGGCGACUCUGGUGUUCUGAUUCUAGAGGAAACAACGAGUGACAGCAUCGAUGUGAAGAAAGAAGAGGAUGAGGACCAGGAGGAGGAGGAGGAGAGGAGGAAGGAACUGGAGAGACAGCGGGCCCGAGAGAGGGAGAGGGAGGCUGAGCGAGAACGAGAGAGGGAACGUGAGAGAGAGAGGCAGCGCAGCGACGAGCUGAAGAGGAAGGACUCGGACACACUGAAGAUGCUCAGAGUAGAACUCAAGAAAGCCCAGGAGUCCCAGAAAGAGAUGAAGCUCUUGUUGGACAUGUAUAAGUCUGCUCCAAAGGAGCAGAGGGACAAAGUGCAGCUCAUGGCAGCUGAACGCAAAUCAAAAGCUGAGGUUUGUUCUUUGGUGGAUGAGUUGAGGAUGCGAGUGCGAGAGCUGGAGGAGAGGGAGAGGAAGGAAAGCAAGAAGCUGGCUGAUGAAGAUGCCCUCAGGAAGAUCCGAGUGGCAGAAGAGACCAUUGAGCAUCUGCAGAAGAAACUUGCUGCCACUAAGCAGGAGGAGGAAGCCCUGCUGAGCGAGAUGGAUGUAACCGGCCAGGCCUUCGAGGACAUGCAGGAGCAGAACAGCCGGCUGUUGCAGCAGUUACGGGAGAAGGAUGAUGCCAAUUUCAAGCUGAUGAGUGAGCGAAUCAAAUCUAACCAGAUCUACAAGCUGCUGAAAGAGGAGAAGGAGGAGUUGGCCGACCAAGUCCUCACAUUCAAAACCCAGGUGGAUGCCCAGCUGCUGGUUGUGCAGAAGCUUGAAGAAAAAGAGGGCGUCCUCCAGAGCACACUUGCCGCUCUGGAAAAAGAGCUGUCUGUCCGGACACAAGCACUAGAACUCAACAAGAGGAAGGCGGUGGAGGCUGCCCAGCUGGCAGAGGACCUGAAGGUGCAGCUGGAGCACACGCAGGCCAAGCUCAAGGAGAUCCAGGUCUCUGUGGCUGAGAACCGCACCGCCCGGGAGAGGGAGAGCAGCAACCUGAAACGAGCACAGGAGGAUCUGUCAAGGCUGAGACGGAAGCUGGAGAAGCAGAAGAAGGUGGAGGUGUACUCUGAUGCUGAUGAGAUUCUGCAGGAGGAGAUCAACCAAUACAAGGCCAAGCUGCGCUGCCCCUGCUGCAACACACGAGACAAGGAGACGGUGCUCACCAAGUGUUUCCACGUAUUCUGCUACGAAUGUCUGAAGAUGCGUUACGACACCCGGCAGAGGAAGUGCCCCAAGUGCAACUGCGCCUUUGGAGCCAACGACUUUCACCGCAUCUACAUCACCUAAUUCACAGAGAGAUGGAGGAGUGAAAAGAGAAAACAGUAGACAGAACCAAAGGAGAGAAAAGACAAAGGAACUGGAGAUGUAUUCAAAGAGGCAGACAUUUUGGGGAUAUCAGAUGAGUGUUUCCCCGUUUUCAUCUCUCUUUGGAAAGACUUGUUUUACCGCAUCAUUGCCAGUUGGUGAUUAAUUUGGUGACCAAACAGAUAGUGACACAUCUCACUGAGAGUGUUGUGCUGUAGUUAAUAAACAGAGUUGUUUGUGCACACAGUGAUAUUCUUACAUGUUGAGCUGCUCUGCACUGUUUUCCUGUCCUUGCAGUUCUUGCCAUGUUAAACAUCCUCUCUUUCAACAAACCUGGCCCAACUUUAAAUGUUUCUUUUUGUUUUUUUAACGUUUUGAAAAACUUGGAACUGCAGUGGUACAUGGUUGAUCGUCCUGAAGUGUUUCUUUGAAUCGUUUUGUCCUGCUGGUUUUGGAAAUCCUGUAAAAUCAGUGAAGCUGAAAUUUAAACUUUGAAAAUUAAAAGAAGCCAUCCUUUGCAGACUUGAGGAUUGCAUGUGUAAAACUAAAUAUGUUUCUAAUAUAUAAAGUACAACAGCCAGAAUCGUCCAACUUCCUUGGUUUAGGCUAUAGUAAUAACAAUGCCUGAGAGACAUCAGCUAGUUUGGCACCGAGUCAGCACAUACAGGACUGUUUGGAUCACCUUGGGCAAGGUCCUCUGUGUGUGUUCAUCCUGUUGCCAUGGUUCCUAUUGGAGAGUUUGACACAACAUCUGCAGCUUAUAGUGCCUCAUUACUGAUGAAAUCACUGCAGUGGAAAGUCAGCUCAUAUGGGUGUCUUUAGUGGGCUGUGCUGAUCCAGGUCCUCUUAGAGCACUUUCCUAAAGGUUAGCCGUGACAGUCGAGUACAAAAACAUCUGUUUAACAACAUGCUUCUAACCUAAUUGAGCCAAUGAAACCCCUUUUCCUCUGUUCUGAUGAUGUGAACUAUUUACUGCGAGGUUGGUUAGCGUCUGUUUGACGUUAGCUCUUGUGGGAAAGGCAGUUCACACCAUGUAGCACACACAAAAAGUUGCAGGCUGCAGAGAAAAAGAGUGAAUAUUUGAAGAAAAAAAAAGUUUAUCAGGCAUUUGGGAACAGUUAAGUAAGACUGUUGGCAUAAAUAAGAAUUAUUUGAUUGGUAAUAAUACAUGGGAAGUGGUUGUUUACUCAUAUGAAUGUGCAUAAUCUGUCAUAAAUAAAUGAGUAGUUUUCA